UUAGGAUUUUUUUUAUUUUUUUUUUUGAGGUCGGUGACCGCUCUGGAAUUUUGGGUAGUGUAAAAAGUAAAUUUAAUGCUGUUUGUACAACAGUUAAAAAUUAAAAAGGAUCAGAAGGGCUGUUAAAGUAGAAGGAUGUUGGUAGUUGCGGUCAGGCAAGUAUAGAAAAGUCAGGGCUUGGAAAAAAAGGGCUGGGGGAGCGAUAGCCACCGAUACGUGCUAACUGUUGUGUCUGGUAGAUGGAGCUGGCUGUGCCGAAUGCUGCCGCUCUGGGACCCUGUGCCUGAACAGGUUAAACCUGGGCUUCGCAGAGGUGUCUGUGCAAUUCCUACCUUAAACUAGUUAAUGUCUCACAGGACAGGUCAGCACCCAAAGAAAACAGGCUACAUCAACGCCUUACUGCUCCUGGGCAGUGUGCGCUGGCGAUGGGAGCUCACAGCCUUUGCCAGGGCCCAGGACAUCUCCGUACCCUCUCCAGGGGUGGCUUUUUGGCAGCCUGAUGGUAGAUCCAUGCCUCAGUCACUGUAACUGGCCCUUGAAUUGUUCAUGUUUAGUGAACUUAAAUAGUUUGACUUCUGUCCAAUACAAAGAUAUUUUUUCCCUCCUGAUGCUAGAAGAUGAAGCAUCCUUUCUGGGUGAAGUGGCCGAGCUUUCGCUGCAGGCGCUGUGCAGACUGCAGAUACACGUGCCACCAGGAAUGCCGCAGCCUCAUCCAGCUGGAUUGCCGUCGGCCGGGCCAGUGCCAGAGCCAGCUCUCGCCCGAGAGCACCCUGCUGCCGCCCUGCAGCCAGAAUGUAACACAAACAGUAGAAGAAGAAAAACGCGAGCCUCCGACCAUCCAGGAGAUCAAACAGAAAAUCGAAAAAUACAAUGCAAAAGUUACAAACUGCCUGUUGAUGAAGCUGAACGACGAUGGGACGUACACAGGUUUCAUUAAAGUGCAUUUGAAACUGCGCCGCCCCGUGACGGUCCCAGCAGGGAUCCGGCCCCAGUCCAUCUACGAUGCCCUCAAGGAGGUGAACCUGGCUGAUAUGACAGACAAGAGAACCUCGUUCUACCUGCCGCUGGAUGCCAUCAAGCAGCUCCACAUCAGCAGCACAACCACCGUGAGCGAGGUGAUCCAGGGGCUCCUGAAGAAAUUUAUGGUGGUGGAUAAUCCUCAGAAGUUUGCACUUUUCAAGGAGAUGCGGAAAGAUGGGCAAGUGCUCUUCCAGAAGCUCCCCCUCACCGAGUACCCCCUGUACCUCCGGCUGCUGGCGGGCCCCGACACAGAUGCGCUCAGCUUCGUGCUGAAGGAAAAUGAGACGGGGGAAGUUGAGUGGGAUGCGUUCUCCAUCCCGGAGCUCCAGAACUUCUUGAUGAUACUGGACAAAGAAGAAAAGGACAAAAUCCAGCAAGUGCAAAGGAAGUAUGAGAAGUUUAAACAGAGACUGCAACAGACCUUGAAAGAAGCCAGAGGCAAGCCUGGAUAACCCUUGGGGGGGCACUGGGCAUCAGACUAAGCUAGUUAUUUUUAAAAUAGAAAGACACUUCUCAGGACACCUUAUAGUAGUCGCUCUCCCUCUUCAUCCUCCAUUAAGGACUGGCUCACAGCAUCCAUAAAAUGAGCAUACUGCAUUUUCUUCUUCUGAAACCUCUUAUCCCAGGACCAGAGCCAGUCUAAGAAUGGGAAGCCUGUUUUAAAACUGCGCCGGUCAACAAACCAAACACAGCUGGCUGCUGCUUCGCUUUUCAGCUGGACCAUCUGACGGAAAAGCUUUGAGGAAAAUGCUCCAUGUUAAACCCAAGAGGAAUGUCUACUGGCUUAUGUUUUGAGCAGGGUAACACUUGCUGUUCACACUCCUCCCAGCAACUUGCUUGUUCUUGUUCGGAGGUGCUGCGGCUCCCUGCGCGCGCCCACGUGGCCCAGUUCUUGUUUCGUAAGUAGAGCGCAGGAAGCAGCAGCGAUGGUGGAGGAGGUUGUUGCACCAAACCACGUGGGUGUUGCAGCUGUAAGCAAUGCCGGACGGACUUGUCAGGGCUAACGUAGCCAGGGAGAUGUAAAGUUAUGACAGCAAGGCAGCUGCAACACCCAAACAGUCUGUUAGUAAGUAUUAUUGAAACUUGGUAAUAGUAGUUCCAGGAAGAGGCAUCCAUUUUGGUUCUAUUUAACUUCCAGUUUUGAAAGCAGAUGUGAAUUAAAGCAAAUACCCCUGAUGCUUAGCUAAGUUAGCCAGUGUUUUACCAUUUUUCUAUUCUGUGGUAAUUGGGAGCUAUGUUUUAAGAAAUUGUUGGAAGAGUGAUGGUUGGGGUAUAGGCUGACGGUUCGAUAUUGAAUGUUUAGCAAUACAUGUCCAACAGACUAACCCAGGAAAACUAAAAACUCCUUUCACAAAGCAAACUGAUUUUGAACUAUGACCAGGGCUGGCACCGAGGGAGAGGAGCCUCAGCAGGGCCAGGGUGCGGAGGCAGCACCAAGAGCACAGGCUGCCUGCACGGGAGAGCCUUGGUACCAGGAAGAGUAAGGGAACUAUUAGUCUCAGAUGCUUUCUGCCCACCACUCUCAUACCACGCUUCCUCCUGGUAACCCUCCUUGCACCCCUCCUGUCCAUGACACACCAUCCUCUUCCUCCCUGCGCCACCCUGUAUGUGUCGUGUUCUCCUCCCCUCCCUCCCCGCUCACAACCGGUGCUCUGCCUGCACGUCCAGGAAGGUGACCAGAUCUCGCUCUCUUCGUGGAGCUAGGAGAGGACAGGCUCUCUCCCCUCCCUCAGGGCUCCCCACCAUCUCCGACGCACGCACUGUGCAGCCUUCAUAAAAAUCCUUGAGCUGGAGCGUCAGCUACUGCCAUGACUCUGAGCAGAACCCCUGAUCUUGCUGCCGCCAUGCAGGGAUCGUGGGAGGGCUCGGAGGGCUCGGGGGAUGCCAGUCUGAGAGAGGAGGGUCCCCGCGUUUACUCGCAGCGCUCUGCACCGAGCACGCUGCACGCAGCCGGGUUCAGUCUUCCCUCUGUCUGCACAGGGCACCGCCACAAAGGUGAAAAGGGAACGGUGACACUAGCUGGGGUCGGCUGGAGCAUGUGAGAGGGUUUCGUGUUGACUUGAUGAACCCGAGUCCCUUCGAGCUCGUUGCAGGGUGCUGUGACCCCACCUGCGUGAAGUGGGGAGGGAGGCAGCAGGUUGUCAGGUAACACAACAGAGACGAUGCGGAAGAGUCUAAAAUUUACCUCAGUGCCUUUUUUUUCCCCUUAAGCAUGAAAACUUUGCAUUUGGGCUAAGGAAGAGUUUGAAAGGGGCUUUUGUCAAGAGGCCUUGCCAGUCCUGUCCCCCAGUUCCCUGAAGUACUGUGAUGAGGCUGCUGUUGUCUGUAGAGGGAUGAGGAACUCUUUUGUUUCUUUCUUGAAGGUGAUUGGGAUUUUUUCCCCCCUCCCCCAACUUAUUCUUGAGUAUGUUUGUUCAUAAACUGCAAGAGAGUAACUGCAUCACUUACAGCCCCUCGGUUUGUAUAACUGCCACUUUCUGCAAGCUUAGUUCAGCUCCUGUUUUAGUCAGCAGUGUAGAAGGGUUUGCUAACAGGGCUAUGGCCUCGGGCACGCGGUGCAGGACAGGCCUCCCAGCUGUACUGUACUCUACACCCAGAUGACCUUUAACAACGUGGCAGCAGCCCAGAGCGGCGGGUUUCACGCUCUGGGGCUGUUUGUCCAUUUACGAGAACACAUACUACUUCACUGUGCACCUGUGAAGUAAUUUAAGUAACAUUUAUCUAGUGCUUUGAGUCUUGAAAGCACUGUAGAAAUACUUCUCUUCAGCCAAGAGGAAGAACGCUGUAAAAACUGCCAUUGGUUCUGAGAAGUAUGAUCCAGACGCUUGUUUUUAAAUCCCUUCUCUUUCUGGCUAAAAGUUGUAAAGAUUCCUUUUUCGUUGUCGUCGUCGUUGUUUUCUACUGGAGUUUUGGUGACCGUCUCCCUCUCCCCUCCUGGAACCCAGCAUGUCUUUGACAUUUUGUAGAAGGCAUGGCUUCUUAUGCAAUUACCGUGAAUGCUGCUGAAAACCUCCUGCGGAGAGGAGGGCUGUUUCUUUUGGUUUUUCAAAAUACGGGGCAUUUUAAGAAUCAGUAGAUUUUGAAACUCGAAUUCUCAGUGGUUGAGCUGUGUCUAGGAUAGAAGCACUGGCCCCUUCCUUAAGCGCAAAAUACUGUUGGCAGUGCAGUGCCUUUGGUUAGUAUAUUGUCUUGCCUAGUUUGUGUGAGUUGAUUUUUCAUGUCUAUUGUAAAACAUGUAAAAUAAUGUGUAUAGAAUAGAAUAGUAAAGCUUCUAUGGCAAAGUGAAAUGCAUUUUUGCAAUGCUGUAAUUUAUUUUUACUACUCCCUAGUAAUUCUAUGGCAUUUUUAAAAAAUGUCUCACUUCCAGCUUUUUUGAAGGUUCUGAAACUACUUGUUCACACGCAGACAGUGUAAAAGACAAUGAUAAUAAAACUGUCAAUAAUUAAAGAAA